AUGGCUGAGUGUCUAUUGCGCCGGCGGGGCGCCUUAUCACCAUCACUUGCGUCUCUAUCCCGGAUGACUGUCCGACCACAACCUCGGCGACAUAGCACGAGUGCAACGGCAGCGACGGCACAGCCAAAGGAUAGGAUACAGUCAACAAUUGCCUAUCCUGCUCCUCCUUCCCCCGAAAAGGUCACAUCCACGAGAUGGUCUGCCCUGCGAUCCGCGAAACCGUUUUCCGAGUUCCUGACAGACACAUUCAACCGCCAGCAUGAUUAUCUGCGGAUUAGCGUUACGGAACGAUGCAAUCUACGGUGCCUCUAUUGUAUGCCCGAAGAGGGUAUACAGCUUUCUCCCCAGCCUCGUCUUCUUACCUCGCCGGAGAUUGUCUACCUCUCGUCGCUUUUCGUCUCGCAGGGCGUGACCAAGAUUCGAUUGACGGGUGGGGAACCGACAGUCCGGAAAGAUAUUGUUCCUUUAAUGCAAUCGAUCGGAAAUCUGCGGCGUGAUGGACUACGUGAGCUGUGCUUGACGACGAACGGAAUUUCACUGCAUCGGAAACUCGAUCCUAUGGUCGAGGCGGGGUUGACGGGGAUAAACCUCAGUCUAGAUACACUCGACCCGUUUCAAUAUCAGAUUAUGACCAGGCGCAAGGGGUUAGAUGCCGUGCUGAAAAGCAUUAAUCGGGUCCUGGAGAUGAACAGAAUGGGCGCAGGGAUCAAGCUGAAGAUCAACUGCGUCGUGAUGCGGGGUAUCAAUGACCGGGAGAUUGUCCCGUUUGUUGAAAUGGGACGUGACAAUCCUAUCGAAAUCCGGUUUAUCGAGUAUAUGCCGUUCGACGGCAAUAAAUGGAGCGAGGGGAAGAUGCUCUCUUAUCAAGAGAUGCUGGCGGUCAUCCGGGAGAAAUACCCCAGUCUGGAAAAGAUGGCUGAUCACAAGAAUGACACGAGCAAGACCUACCAAGUGCCUGGUUUCCAGGGCCGGGUUGGAUUCAUUACCAGCAUGACCCAUAAUUUCUGUGGAACCUGCAACCGGCUGCGCAUCACCUGUGACGGGAAUCUGAAGGUCUGUCUAUUUGGGAACUCUGAGGUUUCCUUGCGUGACGUUGUUCGGAAGGCGAACAAUGGUGAACCGAUUGAUGAAGCUGUAUUAGAAGAGCUGCAGUUACUCAAUACCGUGCAGACGGCGGCGCGUGCCAGCGAUAAUGGUGAUCUUGUCAACCCCCGAGAACGCGAGCUCCUCGAUAUCAUCGGUAUGGCAGUGAAACGCAAGAAGGCGAAGCAUGCUGGCAUAGGAGAGCUGGAGAAUAUGAAGAACCGGCCCAUGAUACUUAUUGAUACUAAAUCAACGAGGUCUCGGGUUCAAUUGGCAACAUCUUCGAGGAAUAACCCAUGGUCGCAUAUCCCAACCCACAUUCUUCCUUCCAUUGUAUCAUACACAGAUCAAGCCCGAUUCUACCACCAGCGUAGUACCGAUGCUGCUGAAGCACACGCAAGAUCUUCCACUAAUGCGGACCGAAAGGAGAAAGCUGAAGCCGAAUCAGCUCUCCCAACGGCCUCCGACCCAGACCUCCCGCACCUAACCCCUUCCCAGAACGUACACAUGACCCAUAUCAGUCAAAAAACAGUCACCUCGCGGCAAGCCACCGCCACCGGACUGGUCUACUUCUCCAACUCACGCCCGUGGGACUUACUUCGAGAGGGACAAGGCACACACAAGGGUGAUGUGUAUAGUGUCGCUCGUAUUGCGGGAAUCAUGGCCGCCAAACGGACUCCGGAUGUGGUUCCGCUUUGUCACCCGGGCAUCGGGAUCACGGGUGUUGAAGUGGAUGUGAAGCUCCUUGAGCCAGUGACAGAAGGUGACGAGAGGAUGAAAUACGGUGCCAUGUCUGUAAAGGCAACGGUUGGCUGUCUAGGCCGCACAGGAGUUGAGAUGGAAGCCAUGACGGCGACAAUGGGAGCUGCGUUGACGGUGUACGACAUGCUCAAGGCCGUGGACAAGGGGAUGGUGAUUGGGGGAGUGCAACUGGAGGAAAAGAAGGGAGGGAAGAGUGGACAUUGGGUGCGAGAGCGAGAGAUUGGCCAUUAA